AACAAAACCGUUGUCAAAGGCAACGGCUGUCAUUAUCGCGAGAAAAAGUGUCAACAGCUCUGUGCGGUGGCUUAUUCUUCGUGUGCUAAAUAAUGCUGCUUCGUCAGAGUCAUCCAUUUUUCCGCGGCUAAUUAUUCCCCUGCCAAAUCAAACGAAAAUUUAAUCUUUGCGUUCCCAAUACACGCCUCCGUACUCGGUUUCGUAUUUUCAUAAGGAAUUUUUUACUAUGGCUGCGACGUAAUGACCCAGUGGCCUAAUGGAUAAGGCAUCAGCCUCCGGAGCUGGGGAUUGUGGGUUCGAGUCCCAUCUGGGUCGUAUUUAGCUUCCUUUUCAGGGUUGGAUUGCGAGCUCUUCCACCAAUUCUGAAGGAGGACCCAGAUUCAAUUCCAUGCACGCCUAUAAAAAUCCCAGGAAUCCCAACUGUGUAGCAGAGCCUAAAGUGUGUCCACAGUGAGCAUCCAGGAUGACAGGGAUUACUCUGACACUUUUGUUUGUGGUGUUUCCUCUUUACAACACAGAGGAGCAUGUGGUUAAUGGUCUAUACACACUGAUAGAAAAGGGUCAGAGCAGCUUUGCAGAUCCAGCUCCUAACAAUCAGAGCAGACUGGUGGUUAAAGAGCCCAACCUGCCCAUCAACGAGCUCCUAGAGAAAAGCAGCAAGAGCAGUGAGUCCAAGUUCAACCUCCAGCCUCUUCCGUCUGCUGUGUGGCCCAAGCACACCGACCUGGCCCACAUCCCUCGCCACCACAGUCCCCAUAGCAAGAGCAAAAAAGGCCCCAAGAGCGACCGCCUGGAGGAGCACAACAGUGAGAAAGCCAGACCAGACGUUGUUGGUCUGCAUCCCAAAACCCAGCUGACAGCAGCUCCAGGUGCUUCUACUAACCGCACAGUACAGAAAACCAAUCAGGACGCCCAGUCCAACGUCAGUCCUUCGCAGCACGGUGAUCCAGAGGGACACCCCAACUCCAGACCCAGGGCGCCACCUCACACGCAACCUCAGGCUCAGCCACAACAGCCAGCUUCUCCCCCACGCAGAGAUUCCCCCAACCGACGCAUGGACCCAGAGGAGAACCGGCCGGGGAAGUCCAGUCUCUAUCAGUCUGGCAUCAGUGCAGCGACCCGGAACAACAGCCGCCCGCCGGUGAUCUUUAACCGGCGCUCCUCCAGCCUGCUUUAUCAGUUUGACAUCAUGCGGCGAGAGUCCGACUUCACAAAUGACGCCUUCUGCAUGAGCGAGUGCAGGAAGGAGAAGGACGAGAAGGAGUAUUACUGCUACAGUGAGUUUGCUGUCAAUGGGAUUGUCCAUGACAUUGACGUUUUACGCAAAGGAAUACGGCUCAUCACACUGAUGGUGAGCGAUGAUGGCUUCUAUAAGAUGAGCCGUCUGUACGUGACUCCAGACAGCUUCUUUUUCAAAGUCCGCCUUCUGGUCCUGGACACCUACAAGUGCAGCAAGCCUUGCCCUGAUAUCAAACUUGGGACCAGAUACAUCAUAAUGGGCCAGAUCUACCACCGAAGACGCCAUCUCCCCACUGACCUCCUGAACGUGCUGGGUAGUAAACUGAAGCCUGGGGAUGGCAUCCUGCGAAGCAACAGCUACGUCAAGAGGUACAACAAGCGGCGACACCAGAAAGCUCUGGAGGCCACCCACUCCAGGUGUAGGUGAACCAGAGAUAAGACUAUCGCCUCCUCGCUGCAGGGGAAGAGACACUGCAGCUGAACUGAUAUUAAGUAGCCCCUCAUUAUUGUGCAGGACAGAAGAUAUGUGGUGAAAAGCAUCGAUUGAGUUUCACAUGGACUGCUGUGAUGCUAUUAUAAGACUGGAUCAUCUUGUUUUUACUUAUGUUUUAAGAUCCAAAAUUGCUGACUUGUGGUCUUUUGGACAGAAAACACGAGCAGCUACAGUUAAAUGUUUUUUUCCCCCAAACACUUUUUCAUUCAUGGCUGGUUCAUGAAGUCCCUAAACUAAUAAGGCAUUAAAGUCGAUCACAUUUAAAAGGGAAAUUGGGCUCAUCUUUAGCUCACUUGUUAGUGUACCGAGUGGGAAUAUUGCUAAUGGAAGAGUAAUGCAUUUACCUGAGAAAAGGGGUUUUCUGAAUAAACUUUAAAAUGGUAAAUCAUAACCCUUAACCCUGCAAUAUCAGAAUAUUCUAUUUUUAUAUUUUGAAAAUUGUUCGCUUAGCAUAUAGGGGACAAUUUACCUUUUUUUCCCAAGAAACUCUUUCUUAUAAUUCCCCAGAUAAUAGGGUUAGGAUCUAAGGAUUAAGGCAUUUAGGGGACUCAGACCACAGAGGGUUAUUGAGAUCAUUAUCUCAGCAUUCCUGUAAAACUUAACAUUAAAAAAAAAAAAAAAAAAAAAUCAGAUGUGCAGCAGUAUCCCCUCCAGUUAUAUUCUGGUUUGGGUUUGAAACACUGCUCCUGUCUUUGAGUAAUAAACUGUAGAUGGUAUUGCUAGAGGGAAUGUGAGACAUCCCAUUAAUUCAAAAAGAGUUGAGUUUUCCUUUAAUGAAAGGUUUUCUCUGUAUUUCUACAAUAAUCCAACAGCACAAAGACAUGAAGUAAAUCUGGCUUAGGUGAAACACUUCUGCCCAAAUGUUUCCAAAAUUAUUUUAAAUCUUUUUAUCUGUAAUUUGUCAGUUUCUAUAAUUUCUUGAAAACAUGUAAAUCUUGCUUUAAUUAGUCAAUGAAUGCAGAAUAUUGUAUUGCACUGAACUGUGUUGGUUUGCAGCACUCAGUCCUCUGCAUGAUGUCACUGUGGGUGAUAAUGUUAAGCAGGAAAUGCACUAUUAAAAGGAAGGGAAUUGAGGGGCUUUAAAGCAGCACCAAAGCCCCAGUGGAGGAGGAAGAGGAGGAGGACGAAAAAGAGAGACUGAGCAGAGACUUUGCAUGUCAUGAGAGCGGCUUACUUUACUAACUUUAAUUAUGUAUCUACGAUGAUGUCUCCCUAAGUAGACUGGGACAUCAAAAGGAGUCUUGCUGAAUGAGGAGGAGGUGCGGUGUUGUUGGGAGUAUGCCAUAAGUCUAAUCGCGGGAAUCUGAUCCUCUGCACACCUGGACACAUGACUGAAAGAAGUGCCUCCGUCACAGCUCCUUUUUGGGAUAGCUAUUGCUUUCUUUCUUACACACAAACACAUACUCCUCUGAGACGGCAAGCACUCAAAGGGGGUAUUUAAAGUAUGUCGGCAGGAUCAGAGGAAAAGUGAGGCAGGGAGCAAAGAGGAGGAGGAAUACAGACAGUUGUGUAAAAUAACACAGGGAGGGAAGUGAAGCUAUAGAAGGGGUGUUGUUGGGUCUGUCUUUCUAAAGGGAUAGCUUCUUAUUUAAUCAAAUAUCCCAGGCUCGAUUGUAGUACGACUCUGAGCUCAUGCUUCUUAUGAAAGGGAAAAGAUUUGCACUGAACGCUUACUUUGCUUUACUAAAC